UAUCAAUACUACUGCAGUGAUACCAACACCACAACAAAAACUAGUUACAAUAAAAGUAAUUAUACGGCAACUUCAUCUACAACUUACCAUACUGUCAACGAAACGUCGAAAAUGUGGGAAAAGUGUAUGAAUAGUUAUCACAGUUUACGGUGUAUAUUAUAAUGAUUGAAUCAUGCAAUCAUGUGGCCGAUGAGACACGAAACCAUGACCCGCGAUGAAUGCAGAAAAUGUUUACGAUGUUUGGAGUUAGAAGCUUAUGGAAAUAUGGUGUCUGUCUUACGUGCUCAAGGUCCUUUCACUAGUGAAAAACAGAAAUUGCUACAAGAACUUGCUAAAGUUUUACAUAUUUCUAAUGAACGACAUCGUGCUGAAGUACGAAGAGCUGUUAAUGAUGAAAAAUUAGCAACAAUAGCUGAGCAGCUAAGUGGUCCAAAUACUGGUACUGAUUGGACUAUUGAAGGACGACGUGCUAUUCCACUUUUACCAAGAUUAAAGGCUCGAUCUGCAUUCACAACUUUAGCAAAUAGCUUGUCCCUUGCAACAGUAGCAGCAAACAAAAGGAAUCUUCAUGUUCAUGAGAUAGCAGAGGAUGCAAAAGAUAUUACAAAUGAAUCUCCUGUGAAGGUAAAAGUACAAGAAAACUCGUUUAGCAAUCAUGAGUUUGCAUCUAGUGAAGAUAAAUUAAGUGAUGAAAAUGUUCUAACUGAGGUCACUGAAUCAGAUAGGAAUAAAGAAGUUAAUAAUCACAGCAAUACCUCUGAUAGCAGUGAAAAAUGUAUUAUACCUGAGAAACGUAAAGCCUCUUCUCCUCUCUCACCAGCACCUCCAAACAAGGUUCUGGUAGUAUCUUCAAGUUCAAUAGGAACUUUUAAUCAUGGUACUGCUGAUAAAGGAUCGCUAGAAAAUACUAUUCAUUUGUCACGAAUAUCUACAAAUUCGUUACAGCAUCAAAAUGUCACUAUAAUACCAUUAAAUAUUAAUUGUGGAGAAAAUAUUACAGAAUCUAAGGAAUCAGUAGUACAAGAAAGUGCCAGUAACCAUUCAGUAAUUCCACCUGGUAAUUUUGUGAAUACAGUAAUCCCAGUAGGUACAAAUAUUACAAAAGCUAAAGGAAGAGUAAUUACAACGCAAAAUAAGCUUAAUACAAAAAUCGGAUCUGCAAUUCUGGUGUCCGGUAAUGUGUCAUGUACAACAGGAAAUAAAUUUCAGCCUGAUGUUCAAGAUGUAUCUACACAAGAUAGUUUAAGUUCAAAAGUAUCCGUAUCUCACACUUUACAAAAACCAUCAAGUUCAGAAAAUUCAAAUUCAGUUACAAGCAGCACAAAGUGCAUUGUGCCAGUAAUACAUUCUAACAUAAAACCUCCAAUACCUAAAACUAUUACCUCCAGUAAUUCACAUCGACUGAUGGCUGUUUGUCCUGUUACAACAGUAUCUAAUGGACCAGGGCCACCUCAAGCUAAGCAAAUAACAACAUUAACUUGUAAAAAAUUAUCUUCAACGCUCAACAAUCAAACCACUGCCAAGGUGGGUGUUACACUAAAUUCUAAUAAAACUGUAAAUAUAUCUCACCACCCUGAUACAAAAUUAGGAUCUAAAACAAACGUGAUUGUUAUACAAAAGGGUCAAACCAAAGGUGUUACUCUCUCUCAAGCAGGCAAGGAAGUAUUAGGGAAAGUAAUAAUGGGUGGAAAAAGUUUGUGUGUCACGAGUCAACACAAUGCUCCUAUUAAUGUGGUUCAGCGCCAUGUUACAUUGAAUAAUGGAGAUCAAGGUCUAACUAUGCUAUCCACAACAAACUCAUCUCAUACAGAAUCUAUAACAUCUAAUGUAAAGUCUGGUAAUACUAUUAUGUUCAAUCUUCGGCAGGAUGUUUUGGAAAAAAAUAAAGCACUCUCUCAUCUUCUUGAAUCAUCUCAUGUUCUUACCUCUGAAUCUAAGACUGUGAUACAAAAUACUAAUGCUCUUCUUUCAAAGGAACCAAGUAACAGUGAUUUACAUGUACAGGAUAAAGAGCUAGUUUUAAAAACCGAUGCUGUAAUUGCUACUGUUAAAGAUGAGAAACACAGCCAAAUCGAAUACGCAUCGCAAUUAUAUAUAUAUAUGUUAAAUAGAGAAAUUUAUAAUUCUGACACUUGCUCACGCUUUGUAUCAUUAAAAUAAUGUAUAUGUAAGAUAUAAACAGAAUCUUUCAAGAGCCAAGUACAUAGAAUGAUAAUCAAACUUUAUAUACAUAUAUAUACAUAUAAAUCAUAGUUGUUCCUUAUGAACUCCAAAAUGGUUCUAUUGAUUCUGAUUUUAGGACUCUAAGUUAACCUAAUACAUAGAAAUAGAAAUUUAAAAUAUUGAUAAACAUGUAUAUAGACUUUGUUAAAAAUAAGAAAAGCUUUCAUUUAAUUCAAAAAAGGAAAUAUGAUGAUACAGUUCUAAAUGAUGAACAAUUUAUAUACAGAUAAGUACAGACAAGGCACAGAACUGUAUCUUGUCUUUCAAAAAAUCAAAAUGUUCAUUUAAUGUUGUUGUAUAUAUACAUAUAUGUAACUUUAGAACUCGGCUAUUCCAAGACUAAUAUUGGUAUUGAAAGUAUUAAAUCUGUGCAAAAAAAUAAAGAAAUACUUUUUUUAUAAGUUUUAAUUCA